AUGACCAGGAACUUUGCAAAGACGCUCGAGGAGGAUCACAAGGGUAGAAAAAGGAUUCUCAAACCGGCUGUGGAAAAGAAGAGAAGAGAUCGGAUAAACAAAAGUCUUGCAGAGCUCAGAAACUUGUUGUUGACUAACACAGCGGAUCCGCGCUUGCAGAAUCCUAAAAUUGAGAAAGCAGAAAUUUUGGACUUGACUGUGGAAUAUCUUCACAAGUGGACAGAUGGCAAGAAAAUGAGCAAUGAUGCUCCCGGUGCUGUGGUAAGUCUCCACCCGAACGGCCCUCCUUGCUUUACCGUUGAGGGUGCAGGUUUUCAGCAGUGUGUGUGGCAAAUGGCCAACUACAUGCACAAGAUGCCGGCCAUGCAGCGAGCCGGCUUGAUGGAGUGGCUGAAGCACCACGUGGAGAUGCAGCGGGCCACACAGCCGCCAUCGUUAAACUCCCUAACCAGACUGACGGAUGCAGCGUCAGCGGAGGCCAUUUGCACAUCUGAGAGUCAAGACUUCCACAACUCUCUGGUUCUUGCGCAUUCCCCGCCUCAGCCUCUUGCUUGCUCCACUCCCCUCCACUCCCCUCCCACCUCCCCCUGGUUCUCAACAUUUGCUUCCUCCUCUCCUCCUUUCCCCUCAUUUGCCUGUCACUUCUCCUUCCCCCCCAGCUUGUCACCUCCGUCGACCAACACCUCUUUUCCCACGCUCCCACAUUCCCUCCACACGCUUCCUGCCCACGUGACUUCCUCCUCACCCACGUUAGGUCACCAAGCGGGCCCCACGGUCUUCCACUACCCCUCCGUCACCCCCCUGAGGUCUCCUCCGCAUCAGUCACACAAGUCAUCCUCACUCACGUGGAGACCCUGGUUCUGA